AUGUAAAAAUUAAGCAGAUAAAAUACUCAGACAGCAUUUUAUUCUCCUUAACCUGGAAUUUGUUCACCCUAACCUUUAAGAUAGAUUAUAUCUCCUGGGAUUUAUGGCCCUCGUAAUUCGUAAAAUUUUCUUAUUGAUUCAUAUACAACAAAGCAUCAAGAUUAGGAUUCAGAUAGACUUCUUGGUUCAUCACUUAGAUUUAAUAUGCUGAAAGAUUGUCAUUAGUAAAUUGAGAAGGAAAUAUCUGUGCUUAAAUCAAAUUUACUUUAGAGUAGAAUGAGUGGUGAUAACUUUUAAUUCUCUUAGUAGCCUUUAGAUAAGUUGCUUAAACCAAUGUUUGAUAAGGGCACUCACAAAACAGAAUAAAUAAGGUAUGACCCACCUAUGACGUGUAGGGCCGAUGAUUUAUUGACUGAAAUUCUUUAAGAGUUAUCAAUCAUAUCGACAAAUGCCAAGAAAUUGUAGAAUUAACAAUCUUCACAAAAAUUAUAAAUGCUUUUAAUCAAAGACAUUAGAGAGAUUAUUAUGGGAUAUAAUGCUAUCAAUCAAAUAUGUUAAACUGCAUAAAUUUCUAUCAAUCAACUUUAAAAUAUAAAUAUUCCUCAAUUACUAAAGAAGGAAGAACUAAAUAAGCUUUAUUCUUUAGUUGAAAAACAUUAAAAAAUAUAUCCUCAAUCCUUUGAUUAACUUUAUUAAAUUAUAGCAUGUAGUCUCUAAAGUAAAGAAUAAGAUCAUAAUAAACUUAUUGAAAUCAAUACUUAAUUACGCUAAUAUGAAAGUUAAAAUAAAGAUUUAAAUAUUAAAAAUAAAAACUUAUUUGCAGUUAUUACUAAACUAGAAGCAAAAGUAAAUAAAUUAGAAAAUAAAAAAUAAUAAUUGGAAUUUACAAAUAAGUAAUUUUCUAAUUAAUUGCAUAAUUCUCAUAGAGCCUCAGAAAAUUAUUAAGAUAAUGAUAAAUUUAAAUCAAAAAAUGGAUUGAUUGAAUCAUAAUCAAGUCUUGAUUCUAAAAAUAAUUAAAAUAAAUUAUUAGAAACUUAAUUGAAUUAAUUUUAAGACCAUAUUGUAGAAAAAGAAACAGAAAUAAUGAAUUUAAAACAAUAAAUAGAAGAACAAAAUUAAAUUAUUUAGAAUCAUUAAAAAAAAGUUAAAUAAUUAGAAAAUGAAAAUAAAUUACUUAAACUUUAAAUCUCUAAAGUGUUAGAAAGCGAAAAAUUAUGUAAUAAUAUUCUAAUAAAGUAGUGUAGAAAUAAAAACUUGAAGUGAAUUCUGAGUAUUAAAAUUAUAAGGAUGAUUCAAGUCAAAAAUUAAAAUCACUAAGUUAAGAGAUAGUGGAUUUAAAAUAAAAAUCAAAUAAGUAUUUAUAAUUUUUUAUUAUUAAUCUAGAAAUAGCUCAAUUGAUCGUUCCUUAGAAGUUGAAUAACUAAACCAAUAGAUUUCUAAAUUGAAAACUGAAAAAGAAGAUAAAGAAAGAGAAAAUAAUUAAACUCAAUUAAAAUUAUAGGAAAUUAAAUAAAAAUAUAAUGACUUAAAGUAAUCUUUCUAAGAAUUAUCUGAUUAAUAUUAGCAUGAUUAAUAAAUGAAUAAAUAAAUAGUUUAAUCAUUGUAAACUUAAAAAGAGGAUUUUGAAAAUAGAAAUUCAGAAUAAUAAAGUCUAUUUCAAUUAGAUAUGGUAUCUUAACAAGAGAUAGAAACUUAACAAUAAUUAAUUAAGCAAUUAGAGAAUGAUUUAUAACAAGCUUAAUUUGCAUUUAAAUAAUAGGAAAAUAAAUUGUUAAAUUAUGAGGAUGAGAUAAAUAAUCUAAAGGCUUAAAUCAAAAGACUUGAAUUAGAACAUACUGAGUAACUUCAUAUAUUAGAUAAUACAAUAUAGAGUAAGGAUUAAAUUAUUUAAUAAUAUGAAAGUAAUAGUAGGAUUUUAAAUGACACUCCAGAAUAACUCAGAAGUAAAAGUAUGGAAUAAACAACAAUUUAAGGUCAUUUAAAAUCUUAGAUUGAUACUUUGAAUAGGAGUCUUUCAAAUUUUGAAUAAUAGAUUAGAGAUUUGACUAAAGUAAAUAAUUAAUAUUAAGAUUAAAUUAAUGCUAAGGACAAAAUAAUCAAAAAUAAAAAUUAGGAAAUAAAUUAAUUGCAAUAAUAACUUAAAGAAUUUUAGGGAAUAAACUAAAAAAUAUAAGUUUAAGAAAGAACAAUUCAUCAUCAUGAAAAAUAAAUAUCAAAUCUCAAUUAGACAAUAUAAAAAUUAUAAGAAUCAUUAAAUUUCAAAGAUCAAAUAAUAUUAGGAAAACAACAUGAAAUAGAAAUGUUGUAGAAUUAAAAAAAAGAUUAUGCUUAGUAAUAAAAGUAAUAAACUCUUUUAUUUGAAUAAUAACAUCAAAAAGCAAAGCUUGAAUAAUAAGAAUUAUAAAAUAAGAUUAAAAAAUUAGAAGAUUAAAUUUUUGCAAAAUAAAAAGAUGAAAUAACUUUGACUGAAUAAUAAAAAAUAUAUUUAAAUUAAAUAUAAUAAUUAGAAUUACAAAUUAAAAAACUUAAAUAAGAUUAUGAAGAUGAAAAAAAACAAUUCAUAGAAAAAAUAUAAAAAUUAAUUCAAGAAUUAGAGGAAGCCGAAAAAUUAUAAAAUUAAUCAAAUGAAAAAUAAAUUUUAUUUGAAAAUACUUAAAGUAGAUUAAUUAUAAUGGAAAAUGAAUUAAUUUCUGCACAAGAUUAAAUAUAGUAAUUAGAAUCUAGAAUACAAGAUUUAUAAAAUGAUAUCAAAAUAGAAAGAUAAAGUUUUUUAAAAGAAAAUUAAUUAAAAAUUGAUGAAUUGAAUUCUCAAUAUUAAGAAAAUGAAGAGUUAGUUGCUAUAAAUUAAGAUCUUACUUAAAAGAAUAUUUAAUUAUCUAAUGAAAUUUAAAUCUUGUAAUAAUCCUAAAUUAAUAUUCAAUCUCAAUAUCAAUAAGAAAUUGAGAAAUUUAGAAAUACUGAAAAUAACAAUAAAUAAAUAAUUAAAAAACAGGAAUUGUAAAUUGAAGAAUUAAAUUUAUAAAUAGAAUUAUUUAAAUAAUCAUAAAAGGAUGCAAAUUUGGAAAAAGUUAAACUAUCAGAAAUGAUUAACGAAUAAUUAAAAACAAUAACAGAUUUAAAUAAUUAAUUAUAAAUAAAUAUUUAAAAAAAUGAUUAAUAAAUUGAGGAAACAAAGGCAUAGUAUAGUUCUGAAUUAGUUAUUAGAGAAGCUGAAUUAAUUAGUAAAGUUAUGAAACAAACUGGAGAAAUUCAAAAAUUAUUAUUUUAAAUUGGGGUUUUAAUAGAGGAAUUAGAAAAAAAUAAAUAGACUAUAGAUAAAUUAGAAAUUAAAAUAGCAGAGUCAGAAUAAAAAUAUCAAAUUCUUAAUCAAUAAUUAAAAGUUUUAGAGAGUUAAUCAUAAUAAUAAAUUUAAAGCCAAAUUGAAAAAUAAAGUUAAUAAGUAUAGUAACAAGAAUUCAAGAUAUCAAAUUUACAAAAUGAACUUAAUGAAAAGACUAUAGAGCUUUAAACAUUACUUUUAUAAAAUUAGAUUCAAGAAUAAGAUAUUAAUAAUUCUUAAGUUUAAAUAGAAAAUUUAAACUAACAACUAAAACAUGAGUAACAAGAAAAUUAAGAUUAAAAUUUAAAAUGUCAAAAUUUAAACUAAGAACUUUUAAAUAAUAAAUAAUAAAAUUAAGAUUUAUAAAAUAGGAUAACAGAAUUAGAGUAAAAUUAAUUAGCAAAAGAAUCUAAGAUUAAUGAAUUGUAAUAGUUAUUAAGUUAAGAAUAAGGAAAAUGUUCUAACUUAAUAAAUGAAAUUAAAGAAAAAUCAGACUAAAUAGAUUAAUAAACAAUUGAAAUUAAAUAAAUAAAAAAUGAUAAUAAUCAUUUAAAAGACCUAAAAAUUAAUUUGGAGAAGAAUUUAGAAGCUAAAGAAAUUAUUAUAACAAAUAAUAUUGAUAUAAUAAAUGGAUUAGAUUUAAAUAUUAAGAAUAAAAAUUAAGAAUUAAUUGAAAAGGAAAAUAAAUAUUAAAAUCAGAUGAAAGAAAUAGAAAAAUGCACCAAUAAGAUUUAGUAAUUGUAAUCCUAAAUAACUAUUUUUGAGAGUUAAAUUCAAGAAAGAACAUAAUAUACCUAGUUAAUUUAAAAAGAGUUAAAUUUAUAGUAACAUUAAAACUAAGAAUUAGAGUAAAGUAAUAAGAAGUUGUAAUUAUAAAUAAAUCAAUUAACUCAAAAUUUUAAUUAAUUAAAUAAGGAGCAUUAAGAAUUGUUAGAAAAAACAAAUGCAUUAAAAAAUGAGAUUUUAGAAUUGGAAAAAAAUAAUAAAGAGUUAGUAGAGAACUAAGUUUAAAUAACAAAUAAAAUUGAAGCAGAUUAAGCUUAAAAUAGACUUAUAGUCUCAUUACAAGAGUAAAUAAAUCAUUUAUAAUAAACAAUAUAAUAAUUAGAAAAUGAUUUGAAAGGUAAAUAAAAUCAAAUAAUGCUAUCUAUAUAAGAGAGUUAAGCAUAAGAGCAAAAGUUAUUGUAGUAAAAUAAUUAACUUGUUUAAGAUCAUGAUGAAUAAAUUGCAUAAUAAAAAAUUGACUAUGAAAAAGUUAAAUAAUAAAAUAAUUAGUUAUCACUAUAAACAGAUUUUUAAUAAUAAGACAUAAAAUAAUUAAAAUUAGAAUUAUAAUAAGAAAUUGAAAAUAGAUAAUAGAUAAAUAAUUAAAAAAUCGAGCUUAAUAAUUAAUUAGUACAUUUGAAUUAAAAAUUAUUAUAAAAGGAAUAAUAAAAUUAGUAAUUAGAUUAAUAGUUAAAAGAUGCAGAAACCUUAUUAUUAAAAGAACAAAAAAAACUAAAUUAAUAAAUUGAGAAUUUAAAUUCUUAAAUUUCUGCUUUAAGAAGAUAAGUUGAUGAAAUGAAAAAAACUUUAAUUAUAAAAGAUAUAGAUAUAGCUGGUUAUAGUAAAAGAGAAAUAGAAGCUAUGAAAUUAUUUGAUUAUAAAGAUGCAGAAAUUUUAACAUUGUAAAAUGAAAUUGAAUUUUUAAAAGAUUAAGAGAACAGUAUAUAAAAUAAGAAGGAUAAUGAAUCAACUAAAUAAUCAUCUUAGAAAGAUCCAGAAAUUUUAACAUUAUAAAGAGAGUUAGAAAUGAUAAAAAAUCAGUAAAUUAUAAAAGAAAAUUAAUUAAUAAAAUAAAUUGAAGAAAAAAAUACCGAAAUCUUGGAGUUAAAAUGUGAAAUAGAAAAGUUUUAAAAUGAUGUUUUAAAAAGAGAGAAUUAAAAUAAUGUAAAUGAGAUUAAUGGAUUAUUAGAUAAAAAAGAUUCUGAGAUUAUAGCAUUAAAGAAUGAGAUUGAAGUAUAAAUAGUUUAAAUGAAUAAAAUUUAAGCAUCAUAAAUUUAAAGUUCUUCUAUUUUAAAUGAAAUAAAAGCAUUAUUUAAUUAAGAAAAUAUACUCGAUUAUUUACGAUAAUUUAAAUCUUAACAUGAAAAGUAAUGUGAGAGAAAGUUUAUUUACUAUUAAUGCCUUUAAUCAUUAAUGGAUGAAUAUUUAAGAAAUUAACCAGCUGCUUUUUAUGCUUAAAAUUAUGUAUAUAUUAAAAAUAUAUAUAUAGCUUAAAUUAACUUAAUAAGAAUAAAAUAAUUUAUUGGCUUAUUAAAAAGAUAUUUAGUUGAUGAAAGCUAAAUUGCCAAUAAAAACAGCCUUGAGUAAUAUAAAAGAACAAAAUAAUGAAGAUUUAAGUCUUCCAUCAAAUGAAGAUUAACCAGAAAUUAAUUAAAAUGAUAUUAGUGGAUUUAUUGAAGACUUAGAGAUAUCUGCAAUAGUUAAUAAUGAUAAAAAUAAAAAAGAAGUAAUUUAAAAAAUAAUUAAUUAGAAUUCUAAUUAUAAUAAAUAACUUUCACAUACAGAAGAAGUUAAUAUAUUGAAAUGUAAAUUGGAAGCAGCAAAUGAAGAAAAUGUAAAAAUAAUAGCAAAAUUUUAAAUUUUAUUAGAAAGAAUAGCUGCAAAAGAGGAGUAAAUGGUACAAUUAAAUAAUUUGGCUAGAGAUGUAAAUGAAAGAUAUAUUAUAGUAUAAACAUAAAAUGAUGGCUAUGUAAAAGACAUCUGUUGAUCCUUAAGCUGUUCAUGCUAAGGCUCAUUUAAGAGAUUGUUUAAAAAAGUUUCUUACUGCUUGUGGUCCAAAAACAUAAAAAUUUGAUUUAGCAGAAGCAAUACUUAUAACAUUGUUUUAAUUUUUAGAAUUUUCAGAAAAAGAAAAAGAAGAAAUCUUAGAUGAAUUGGCUUUAAAACCAGCUGAUAAAAAAAAGGGUAUUGUUUAGAUAUUGUUUAAGAAAUGA